AUGGCGGUUGAGCUACUUGGUUUUUCGAAUAUGAACGAGGAGAUGACAAUACAAGAAGCAGCCUUAGCCGGAGAACCCGCCGAUUCCACUGUGUCCAAGUUCAAGAAAGUCGUCCCCGUCCUGAACAGGACCCGCCAUGCCCGCUUCCGGCUUGGUCCGGUUCCAUAUCAACCCCCUCUAGCACCAUCGCCACCACCAGCAAAAUCUCUGCCUCAGCCACAGGCACUGACUCUAGAUUUUUCGAAACAGAAUGUACUGACCUCUGACGUCAAUUUUAGAGUUGACCCGGGUGAUGAAGCUUUGAAAAGACUUUGUACCAAGGAGAAUUUCAGCAUGUCGCAACCGUUGUCGUCGUCGGUGAACUCGUCCUUCUUGUCGUCCAUCACCGGAGAGGGAAGCGUGUCGAAUGGUAAACAAGGUGGGUCUUUGUCCAUGUUCUUGACUCCGCCGCCGGCGAGCUCUUCCGGGAAGCCACCGAUCGACAGUAAAAUGUGUCGUGAGCAUGAAAACUCCGAUGAUGUUUCCUACAAGGCCUCGAGGUCCGGCAGGUGUCACUGCAAGAAGAGGAAAUCUAGGGUUAAGAGCGUAAUUAGGGUCCCGGCCAUCAGUUCAAAAAUUGCCGAUAUUCCAGCGGACGAGUAUUCUUGGAGAAAGUACGGUCAAAAGCCUAUCAAAGGCUCACCUUACCCAAGGGGGUAUUAUAAGUGCAGUAGUUUUAGAGGUUGUCCGGCAAGGAAGCACGUGGAGAGAGCCACUGAUGAUCCAAGUAUGCUGAUUGUGACUUACGAAGCGGAGCACCGGCAUACAGAAAUCGCGAUGCAAGGGAAGUUGGCCCCUGGGUUGGGUUUAUUUUUCGAGUCAAUGUGAGAAGAAAUAAAGAGAAAAAGGAAAAGAGUUAAAGGUUAUGGACUUUUUCCCAUUUCGAUGUGGUUCAUGGAGAGGGGUAGUGUGGGGUUAUAUGUAAAUUUUGAAAGAAAUAGGGGUUUUGAAUUGGGGGGAUCUUAUUUUGCACCUUGUAAUAUUUAAG